AUGGGUGCAUAUUCAAUGGGAGCACAUCAAGAUACUGAGUUUUUAACUAUCAGAACGUACAAAAGUGAACACAUUCAUCAUGCACAGGACAACUUAAUUGUUUCUCACUCAGGAAGGUCAAAUUUAGCUGCAUCAAUUGUGAUUGAUGACUUGAGGUGCAAUGUUGACAAGAGUCCUAAUGAAAUUAGAAAGGACUUGUAUAAAGAAUAUGGAGUGCAAUUGAACUAUACUCAAGCAUAUAGGGUUAGGAAAAGAGCACUAAUGGAAUUACAUGGUCAAGUAGAAGAUUCUUAUAAGGUAAUCCCUUGGAUGUGUGAGAGACUAAUAGAAACUGAUCCUGACACAGUUGCAAGAUGGGAAGGCUCAGAUAGCAACCGAUUUGAGAGGCUAUUCAUUGCAUAUGGAUGCUCAAUUAAAGGCUUUGUGGAAGACAAUGAGUUGUUUCUUUUAGCAUAUGGUAUUGUUAGUGGAGAAACAAAUGAUGAAUGGAUUUGGACAGUAUUUGAUGGUGAGAGACAUGCUUUUUGCUAUCGACAUGUGAAAGAAAAUUAUAACGUGCAGUAUGUAAAAAUCAAUAGAGGUGUGAGAUGGACCUCAGAAAAUAACAAGGAGAAUGCACUUAAUUUACUUGAUGGAAUUGCAUAUGCAAGGCAUAAGAAUGAGUUUAAUGUUGCAAUGGGAAAUUUAAGAUUGUUUUGUCCUCAAUUGGCACAAUGGUUUGAAUCUCAUGGGGAUGUAGAUAGAUGGGCGCAAAGUAAAUUUUCUUUUAAGAGAUGGGAUAACAUCACCAAUAAUCUUGCUGAGUCUUUUAAUGCAUGGAUGUUGAAAGAAAGGAAGCACGCCUUGCCGGUUUUGAUACAAGAGCAUCAAGAGAAGUUGGCCAAGAAGAUGGUUGCUAGCAAAACGGGGAUGAGAAGCUGGAAAAAUAGUGUAGGACCCAAUAUUGAAUCAAAGUUGUCAGAACAAAUAGCAAGAGGUGUAUAUAUGGAGGCAACAUAUUAUGGUGAUGACCAUAUUUCGGUGCAGACAAUACGUGAGGGACACAUCAUCUAUGUUGUUGUUGAUCUGAUUUCUCACAGAUACACAUGUUUGGCGUGGCAAAUGAGUGGAAUACCUUGUCCACAUGCUUGUACAGCAAUCAAACUAGUUCAUCGUAAUGUGUAUGAUUAUGCAGAUGAUUGUUACAAAUUGUCCACACAGGAGAAAAUAUAUGCAAAUAGCAUAAGGCCAAUUGCAAUGCAUGAUUGCCCACAGCCUGAUACACCUACUGUGAGUCAUAUGCUAACCCAAACAUUCUUACAUCCACCAAUAACCAAAAGGCCUCCAGGAAGGCCAAGGAUUAAUAGGAUAUAA